UGGAACUCCUGGCCGGUUCUGCCCCGCGUGCUGGCAGUUGAAGCAUUAACUGACCAGACCGAGCAGGAGGCUCGAAUCUGUCAGGCGCUCCUUUUCGGCGUGAUAACUUAAUACGUAUUCGAGUAUUUUUAAAGUGAAUUUUCACUCGGUAGCUAGCGAUUAACACUGCCCACAGAGGCUUUGUUUACAUAUUUGACAAGUGUAGCAUACUUGGGACACCGUAGGUAACCACACAGCGAAAGGACAACUCGUGUAUCUAGACAGGUUUAUUAGAAAUAUUAACGUUAACGGUCACAACAGAUUAACCGACGGUGAUAGCUCUGAAUAGUCGAGAUGACAGAGAAACUUGAGCAAAUUCUUUCACAGCUGACACAGCCUGACAAUGCAGUCAUUCAGCAGGCCACAGCCCAGCUGAAACAGGCUUUCAAAGACCCAGCCAUUAUACCAGCCCUGUGUGCUGUCAUGAGUGGCUCCCAAAACCCUCAGAUUCGUCAGUCAGCUGCAGUGAUGCUGAGGUUGAGAGUGAAGAAGCACUGGAAGAAGAUUAGCCCCAAUGACAGAGAGAGCCUUAAGGCAGUGGUGUUGCAGGCCUUCAUGCAGGAAACAGAGCACACAGUGCAGCACUCACUCUCCCAACUGUGCGCAGUGAUGGUUAAACAUGAGACACCAGACCGCUGGCCGGCCCUUCUGCAGCUCCUCAAUCAAUCCACCAAGAGCAGCAACCCUCAUGACAGACAGGUUGGCCUCCUGCUGCUGAAUAAGGUGAUGGAGUCCAACCCUGAGCCUUUCAAACCGCACUAUUGCCAGCUGCUGCAGCUGUUUAGUACUGUACUGCAGGACCACAACAAUCCAACAGCCUUGUACUACUGCAUCCUCACCCUCACAGCCAUAACUGCAUACACUGGCUCAGAAGAGAUGAACCAGAUGCGUUCCAUCAUCCCAAGUCUGAUUGUCGCUCUGAAACACCUCAUCAAGGCAGAUCAGGACCAAGCCAGCGAGGCCAUGGAGGUGUUUAAUGAGCUCAUGGAGAGUGAGGUGUCCAUCAUCGUCCCUCAUGUUGCUGACAUUGUCCGCUUCUGCCUGGAGGUGGGCAGUGACACCACAUUGAGUGACUCUCUGCGGGUGAAAGCACUCUCUUGCAUUGCCUUCCUCAUCAAGCUGAAGAGCAAGACGGUGCUGAAGCAGAAGCUGCUGAACCCCAUCCUGCAGGCCAUUUUCCCUGUGCUAAUUGCAGCUCCCCCACCUGGUGAGCUGGACCCAGAGGAUGAGGAGGAUGACAACGGAGAUGGCGCAGACAAUGACAAUCCCAAACACUGUGCUGCUCAGAUUAUUGAUACUAUGGCACUCCAUAUGCCCCCAGAGAAACUGUUUCAACAACUGAUGCCCCUCACUCAGGCCUGCCUUGCCAGUGAAAACCCUUAUCAGAGGAAGGGAGGUCUCAUGUGUCUUGCUGUGCUGGCUGAAGGAUGUGCUGACCACAUACGCACCAAGAUGCUGUCAUCAGUGCUGCAGACAGUGUGCCAGAGUCUUUCUGACAGUAAUCAGGUGGUGCGCAGUGCCGGCCUUUUUGCCCUGGGACAGUUCUCUGAACAUUUACAGCCUGAAGUGAGCAAGUACUGUGCAGAGUUGAUGCCUUUGCUGCUGGGCUACCUUUCGUCCUUGAACCAGGCCAAGGUCGGCCAUGUCACUAAGGCCUUUUAUGCCCUAGAGAACUUCAUGGAGAACCUAGGAGCAGAUAUUGAGCCCUACCUGCCCACCCUGAUGGACACUAUGUUGUCUGCCCUCAACAACACUGAAAACCUCAAGAUAAAAGAGCUUGCUGUGUCUGCCAUAGGUGCCAUAGCCAAUGCUGCCAAGGAGCUGCUGGUUCCCUACUUCCCUCCAGUUAUUGAAAACCUGAAGGGCUUCUUGACUACCACCACAGAGGAAAUGAGGUCUCUGCAAACUCAAUCCUUGGAUACUCUCUCUGUGCUGGCGCGUACCAUCGGCAAAGAUGUCUUCAGUCCUCUUGCUGCAGAGUGUGUUCGGCUGGGCCUCAACCUCACUGACACCAUUGAUGACCCUGACUUGAGACGCUGCACGUACAGUCUAUACUCUGCUGUAUCCACAGUCAGCCCAGACUGCCUGACUCCUCACCUCACUGCCAUUACAACAGUCAUGCUGCUCGCCCUCAAGUCCAACGAAGGCAUUACGGCACACCUCGAAGAGGACAAGACAUUUGUCCUGCUGGAUAAUGACGAUGAUGACGAUAAUGAAGAAGAAAAAGAUGUGGUUGAUUUCCUGGAAGACGAGACUGAGACAGAUGUCCAUGAUGUUGCAGGGUUCAGUGUGGAAAACGCCUACAUCGAUGAGAAGGAGGAUGCCUGUGAUGCACUGGGAGAAAUUGCCUUCAGCACUGGCGCUGCCUUCCAGCCUUUCCUGGAGUCCAGCUUCCAGCAGGUUUACGAGAUGAGAGAUUUUCCCCAUGAGGACGUCCGCAGGGCAGCAUUUGGAGCCAUGGGCCAGUUUUGUCGAGCUCAGCACCAAGUGUGGAAGCAGAAUCCCACUGAGCCCAACCACCAGGCCCUACUGAAGUUGCUGGAUGUGGUGUUUCCUUGCUUUGUUGAAACGGUGCGAACAGAGCAUGAGCGCCAGGUUGUGAUGGGCAUCCUGGAAACCAUGAACAAUGUCAUCAAGUCCUGCAAGGAGGAGGUUUUCAAAAACCCUUUACGCCUUAAGGAGCUCAGCUAUGUCAUCCGUGAUGUGCUCAAGAAAAAGACUGUUUGUCAGGACGGUGGUGGUGAUGAAGCUGAUGAUGAAGACCAACAGGCGGAGUAUGAUGCCAUGCUCCAGGAGUUUGCCGGAGAGGGAAUUCCCCUGCUGGCCUCUUCAGUGCCUGCAGACAACUUCGCCCCUUUCCUCAACGACCUGCUGCCUCUCAUCAUGAGCAAAGCGAAAUCCUCGUGCACGGUGGCAGACCGGUCCUUCUCUGUAGGUACGAUUGGAGAAAUCCUGCAGGCCCUUGUGAGCGUGUCCGGGGGGCGGGGACUGGCAGGCCGACUGUCCAAUCGUUUGCUUCCCGUACUGGUAGCUGGAGUGAGGGACAGUGAUCCUGAGGUUCGCAACAACAGCGUGUUCGGAAUGGGAUGUCUGGCCCAGGCAGCUGGACCCAUCGUUGUAUCAGACUAUCCCAUGAUGCUGUCUGUAUUUUCCAACCUGCUGUCCAGAGAGUCAGACCUCAGGGUGAUUGACAACCUGUGUGCUGCCCUCUGCAGGAUGAUCAUGAGCAAUGUGGAUGCUGUUCCUCUGGAGCAGGUUGUGCCUGCUCUGGUGGCUCAUCUUCCCCUCAAAGAGGACUUGGAGGAGAACAAGACAGUGUUCAGCUGCCUGGCUAUGCUCUACACACACAGUCCUGCUCUGGUUGUGAAGCUAAUAAAGCCCAUAGUUGCUGCUUCCAGUCAUGUCCUUGGCAACAAGAUCGUUGAUGAAGACACCCAGACCACUUUGGCCAUGCUGAUGAAAGAAUUUGCACAGCACCACUCGGCAGACUUCCAAGCAGCUGUGACCUCACUUCCUGGAGAGCAGCAGGCCAAGCUUAGUGCGGCCAUCUCCGCCUCGUAGCCCACACACAUCCUUCCACUCUUGUGUGAAAGCCAGCGAAAACAAUGAAUCUUAUACUGUAGGUGGAAAAUGGGACAGUUAUUUAAGAUGUUUCCCCAAAAUGAUCUAAAAACAGCACUUCAACCAUUCUAAUAUAGUUAUUGUCACAUUCGGCAGUUAUGCUUCUGAGUAUUCAUUUUUAAUUUAUUUGCUUUUAUGUUGAAGUUUUAUUAUUUUAAGAGUUCCGGUUUACCAUCCUGUGUUGUUACCAUUGUAUUUUGUUUCUCUGUUAUUCCUGUCAAGUGCUACUAUUAAUUGAUACUGUCCCCUUUUUGCCACUGUUCGACAGACUUCUGGCUUUGCUAUCUGAGUGUGAAGCAAUGAAUUUGAUCUCCUGAUAAAUUAAAUGUUUCAUUCCCA